AUGAAGACCGCCUUGAGACUGCUGAGCGUCCUCGUUGCUUCCGUCGCCGCCGACUUCCUGACCGGCGACGUCGACGAGUCCGUUCCCUUGGUGGUGGUGAGCGCGGUUUCUGGGCGGAAGGCGCAUCUCCCCUGCGACAUAGAGCCGAACUCGAGGGACGAAGUGGCCGCGAUGGUUUUCUGGUAUAAGGAGAACAAUCAGGGGGAACCGAUAUACAGCAUGGACGCGAGGGGGAGGAUCAUCUCGAAGGCGAAGAUGUGGUCCGACCCUCGGGCUUUCGGAGAGCGAGCGACCAUGAGGACCGACUCGAAACCCGCGAAACUCGAAAUCGAUCAACUGGAACAUAUGGAUGCUGGGAUGUACAGAUGUCGAGUCGACUUCAAAAACAGUCCCACGAGACAUCAGAAGAUCAACCUUACCGUCAUCGUUCCACCGAGAAGGCCGAUCAUCUUCACCGGGACGGAGAAGAGUUUGGCGAAGAUCCUGCAACCCUUCAACGAAGGCAGCGACGUUUCCCUGGUAUGCGAGGUCGGUGGAGGAACUCCACCCCCAAGGGUGUCCUGGUUCUUGGAGAACAAGGUGCUGGACGACAGUUUUCGCCAGGAACACGGGGAAAUUACCGUGAACUCGUUGUUCAUCGAGAAGAUCGGCAGAAACUUUUCCAAAGCGCGGUUGAUCUGCAAGGCCAGCAAUACCCACCUGAUACCUCCAACUUCGGCGGAAAUUAUAUUGGACGUUAACCUGAAGCCGCUGACGGUGAACAUCACCAACAAGGAGAUCCACCUGUCGGCCCUACGGACGUACGACAUCGAGUGUUCCAGCACAGGAUCCAGACCGGAAGCCGUGAUCACGUGGUGGAAGGGUCCCCACCAAGUAAAGCACAUGGCAAGAAACUUUGCAGAGAGUCCGAACGAGAGCAGAAGCGUGCUGAGUUACGUGCCGACCAUAGAAGACGACGGAAAGUACUUGACGUGCAGAGCGGAGAAUCCGGUGAUGUCGGACAGCGGCUUAGAAGACAGAUGGAGGCUGAUCGUUCACUACGUUCCGGUGGUCAGCAUCAAGCUGGGCUCCAGUCUGAAUCCGAACGACAUCAACGAGGGCGACGACGUCUACUUCGAGUGCAAGGUGAAGGCCAACCCGAAGGUCUACAAGCUGUCCUGGUUCAAGGACGGCAAGGAGCUCCACCAGAACGUCACGGCCGGGAUUUUCCUGCCAAGUGGACAGUCCUUGGUGCUCCAAAGCGUUACCAGAGCUUCCGCCGGGGAGUAUUCUUGUCUGGCUGCCAACAUCGAAGGGAAGGCUUCCAGCAGACCUGUCGCUCUGGAAGUCAUGUAUGCACCUAUAUGCAAGGACGGCACUUCGAACCAAGUAGUCGGUGCUCUGAAGCACGAAACGAUUUCCCUGGUCUGCGGGGUCCAGUCCAAGCCACCGCCGAUCACGUUCCACUGGACUUUCAACAAUUCGGGGGAACUGAUGGACGUCCCCAGCAGUAAGUUCGCUCAGAUCAGGACCCCGAGAUUGCUCACGAAUCACUGGCAUGGAUCCAGGCUGAAUUACACUCCCGCCAGCGACAUGGACUACGGUACGAUCUCCUGCUGGGCUAAGAAUCGCAUCGGCGUGCAGAGGACACCUUGCAUUUUCCAAAUCAUCGUCGCUGGAAAACCCUAUCCCCUGCAGAAUUGCACCGCUAUGCAAGCCGCGGGAUCGUACGCCUAUCGCACAGCUGGACACGAGGAAUACAAAGCUGCCGAUCCUAGAGACGCGGACUGGCUGAUCGUCAGGUGCAACGAAGGGUUUGACGGAGGACUGCCUGUCACGAGUUUCGAGUUGGAGGUCUACAACGAGGAAAGCGUGUACCACAUUAACACCGUCUACGUUAACCACACGGAGAGGUACAAGUCAUUCGGUCCAGUCUUCGAGGUUCCUAACCUGGAACCUGGAAGGAAUUACAAAUUCCUGCUGUAUGCAGUCAAUGCCAAAGGCCGAAGCGAUCCCGUCGUCCUGGAGCCCGUUACUCUCAAAGGAGUCGCCAUGUACACCACAGGGCGAGGAUCGUCCGAGGAGGUCGACGAUUACAGCCUUCUCGUGGCGUGCUUCGCGGGAGGCAUUACGGCGAUCUGCAUCGUGAUCGUGGGAGUGACCCUAACCCUGUACCGAAGGAACCACCCUCCACAGUCGAGCAAAGCCCAGACCCAGCUGGUCAACUACGAGAGCAAGGACGACCUGGAUCGGUCGUCCAUCAGGAAGGAGCCGAAGGACCAGGUGGUCCAGGACCUGCCGGAUGACGACCCCGACGUGAUCCCCAAUAAGGUGGAGCGGAGGCCGGACAUUUUCGAACCCACUUACGUUCCCAAGGUAGAAAGGACGAAACCUUUCGGAUGUUCGGAGGACUUCGAGAGUCCGUCGCCUUCCACCGUCCUUCGCUCCAGGGAUUCCUGGAUGUGUCCCAAUGGGUUCGUGGACAGCCCGGACGGACUCAGUCCAGUUCGACCUAGCACGCUUCCGGUCCACAGAGCCCACGAUAUCUACACGAGAAGUUUGCGUGUUCAGGAAAGCUGCAUAUGAAGCGCUCCAUGUUCGUGUCUUUCUCUCAACCUUUGACUCUCUUCCCGUUCCCCGAUUCGAGACCGUGGACAGUACCCCGACUGAUUUCGGAUGGUCCCUUGGGCCGAUGGGACAUCCAGGAUCGAGGGACGAGGUCUCGAUAUCAAUCGAUACCUCUCCUGGGAGGAUGCUCGGAAGCGCGUUUCUGGAUUUCUAAAA